AUGGCCAGCAAGAUUGCGAAGUCCGGGAGGUUUGAGAGGCCCUCCAGUAUCAGGAAUCCAAUGCUCCCUUCAGAGAGAAAAGAAGAGAGCAUGGAGUCCGUGGACGUGAGCCUGGAGAAGAGAAUGUCCCGUCCUCAACUCGACGGACCUGCACGUCUUGGCCUUCGGUCCACUUCAGCACCAGAGUCAGGCUCGGACCCAAGCUCAGUCACAACCGGCAGAGCUGUUCGCUCGCAUUCGACCACGGACCAGCUCCCUGCCACCGCCGAAAACGACCACUAUCCAAAAAGAGACAACCCGUCGGAGUUAGAACUCGACCUAGACAAGUUCAUGGCGUCCCUGACGGCGCGGGAGUCCCCGGACGUGGUCAUCCAAACUAUCGCCUCAACCAAAGCUGCACACAGUACAGUGUCAAUGCGUCUGUCGACGUAG